GCAGUUCAAGAGCUAAGACAUAGAUACCCUUUAUCAAUCACGGUGCAUGAUUGUCGCGCUAACAUACGAAAAGUUUGUUGCGCAUACUCUUCUACCCAACCACUGCAAUCGUUGAAUACCCACGACCCCAAUCGUUUACUACUCGUCCACACGCUUUUGUGAUUUUGCCACAAUUCGACCAACACCUAUUUUACAAUUCAGCAGGUUACGUUUUUGUAAUUCAAGAUUUUUUAAGAGCGCCACCGCCACGAGAAAAUAGGGACGGCGUAGGAUCACCGAAUCGCUUGGCAUAGAAGAAUCCUCCACUUGUGUGCGGAAGCAUAGGUGGAGCGAUGGGUUUGUGGCAGCUUCCGUGUGACCACUCGUCGGGCCUCACAGUGGUGGAUGCGUAAGAUCUCGCUCGCCCUUCUUGGGCUCACCGCCCUCGAAACCAAGGGGCAGUCCUCGAGCUCGUCCAGCCGGCGAGCGCAGGAGGAGGCGGGGCAGCCUGGAACGUCGUCACAUGGGAAAAAGGACGAGCAGGAGGAUGCGGCGAACGGCAGAUCUGGCGGGUCGUCCUCUGCGUCGUCGCACGCCGGAGAACAAGAACACGACCAGCACCAAGCACAACACCCUUACAAACUUUUAGCCGAUCACAAGGAUGUUCCCGGCCGGGAAGAUCGCGGUCUGUCGACCGCCCGGUUCCGGCGAGCCGCCCGGCGGCUCCGGGAGGAUGACGCGCGCGCCGGGAAAGAGGAGUCGUCAAUACACACGGGUAUAAGUGGGGAGGAAGCGAAAAACGCCCAGGAUGUUGAGAGAACGUUGUACCAGGAGCACGAAGAACAGAUCGACCCCUCCAUUUUUUACGACGACAACGGCAACCUGCUGGAAGAGUCCGAGAUUCGCCGGCGUCUCGCCACUCAGCCGUUCGAAAAGGACUGGAACUGGCUCUCCGGGACGACGGCGCGAAUCGGUACCGGUAGUUACGUGGCGUCCGGCUCGAGCAUUUUCCUGAAAGCGACGACGGACAUGUCGCUGGUGAACCGCGUGGACGUGAAAAUGUCCACGGGAAACUACUUUUCCACCUCCAAACCGAACCCCACGAUGAAGUUCAUCGCCGGCACCGCCACGGCACGGACGCAGUGCGUGAACGGCGCCAACGGGCGGAACGUCGUGCUGGGGUCUGUGGACACCAGCAACAACCCUUCCUUCGGUUCGGAGACCCAUCCCUUGCCCUGCACCCUGAAAGACACCCCCGCGCAGCCGACCCGCGCCACCAACGAAGAUACGGCGAUCAACAACAAAAUCUCCUUCAUGCACGGCGGUACCUACCGACUCUGCUUCGCGCCGGACGGAAACUUCGGGACGCGGACGGACGACGUGACCAGUUACUGGCUGACUAACCCGGUCGUAGUGGAAGGGGUGUCCUCGACUUGUGCGACGCAGAACUGCUUAAAAGCAGAGCCAUGGUACUGCUGGUCCGCGGGGCACGGAGAGUACGUGCAGGGUGCCGGUAACGUCAACCAGUACGUAGAAUGCCAGAUUUCCUUUGUUGUGGGAAACAAGCGAGCCGGGUGGGAUCUGAUGAUGCUAUCCGGUGCGACCUCGAAAAUGACCUGGACCCAGCUGUUUGCCGGGGAAACCUACCACUCGGGGAACGGCACUGUUGACACGGUACUACUGCAAUAUUGUUUCUGUUUAUGUUUUCCAGUUGAAAGUUCAUUCUUGUGGGAAUAGGUUAUUGUAUUUUGCAUGUAAAAUACUAAACUUUCCUCAAGAACGUCGGGUAGCUGCAUGGUAUUUUAGAUUGAGCAACGCAACCCCUAUCGCGCAUAAACGAUGAAAAACGAAAAACAUAAACACCAAAACAGCCCGCCACGGAACGCGCCUGCGCCUCCGGCGACCCAGAGGGUGGCAUUUGGGACUACACCAGCAUGGGAGGCUUCACUAAUAACGGUUUCCUCGACGUCACUUCCAGCAUUAUUGGAAAGAUGCCCCGCGUCGGCCACAACCGGUUUGGGAGUUACACCGUGCGUCUUUGCUACUGCCCGAACUACAAAGCCAACAACGCCGCGGCAAGCAACUGCGGGCUGCAGAACGACUACAUCCAGUCUUUCGGGAUCCUCUACAUCUGGCGCAUGAACAUUUGCGACAGUGGCAACGCGGAAACCAACGACGGGGCGGACUGCCGCGACGCGCCUUACUUCAGAGUGUUACCGCACAUCCGGUUUGUGCCCCAACUCUCCUGCCCCAUGGGAGGUGGCUGCCACGCGAACAGCUUUAACAGGAUAGCCUUCGUCGACAUCGCGCCAACGAACGACCGCAACUUCUGGGACAGCAACGCAGGGUGUGCGACCACCGGGCAGACGGAAAGCACCAAAGCGGUGUGGCCCGCCGCCGGGAUGACCAGAACGCUCAGCGGCGGUUCGAGGCAGGACUACAAGGCCUGGGCCACGUCUCUGCCGCGGUUGGAUAUUGCAACCAACGAGAAGCUCGAUGUUUGCUACUGCAACGGGGCUACUGUCAGCGAUUGCAACGUACUCUUACUCUUCUUUUUGAUGUUUUGAUUUCUCUGAGGGAUAUGGCUUCUUUCACUAUCUUUGUUUGGUGCUACAACGAACAGCAGCACAGCUCCCCGUGAGCAUGAAUUUCUUUGCACGUAAGAUAAGCAGUAGAAAUGAAAAAACUUUCCGCACCCACAGACACCAUCCAACUGGUUCCGGAUUGGGCACGUCGUCGGCGGUCAUUUCAACCUGGCUUUCAAGGGUGACAGCACCGGCAGUGGCACCGCUGCAGAGUCCAUGUCCCUCAUCCAAGUGGUCGGGAAGCAGGGCAUGCUGGGUUUCGUCGGUGGUUACAAGACCGCGCCCUUCAUCACGAGUACGAGUCAGGCAGCGACGUCCGAGGCAAACGCAAACCGGUAUGUGUCCCGCGGGGACGGGCCGCGGUAUAGUGACAUCGCGAUUGUGAAGCUGAUGAGUUACGACACCAUCGGGAUGAUCAGCUACCAGGGAACGAUGCGGACCAUCGAGGCGUACUACAGUUACGACAAGACCACGCCGAGCGACAAGAGCACGAAGCUGGAUACCCACUGCCAGUCAAGCAGUUACUCCACAGACUUGGUAACGGGACCGGGCACCUCCGCAACCGCGCAGACCUACCACGCGGUCGCGAACGCCACGGAUGAGAAUGAAGCUUCCGCGUAUUUCAGUUUUACCGGUGCGAACAAAGACCUCCAGAUGACGGUAAAGAAGGCUGGCACCAUUGCGAUUUGCUUUUGCGGGAUCGUUAACGAGGCUGCGUCGCCCUGGAACUGCAACAAGAACUGGCGGUUUGCCGGGUUGCUCAUGAUCGCCGGGCCUCUGGGGACACAGACGUGGAAUCUGCCCACAAAACUGGUAUUGAUGGUUUUUUUUUUCUUCUCCGUUUAUUCAUUUAAGGCUCGCGAUUGAAUUUUGAGUACCGAAGAAAGCUAUUGCAUGCCUGCAUCUUCUGUCCAAUAUAUUACAAAAACCUUCUGACCAGGUUUCGAAGCUCACCGUUCGCGGCGCGGGCAUGACUGCCGGCGAUAUUCUCCGUCUGGUCCCACAGGGCACCACUUGCGCCGGCAACGUGGCGCCCUCGCCAACGUAUAAAACCGGCUGCCCCAGCGUUGAGGGGACCGGCUGUAUUACGGGAACCAAUUGCCCAAACACAGCGGACGGGACGAGUUGCCGCGUCGCGGGCAUGACGGGCAUCAACGGCGGUUUGGGAUCGUACCUCUCGCUGCAAAACAUGCGCAAGAGCAACAUGUCGCCCGCCACGGGGAUUUACCGGGUGCGCGCGGACUACUCCACAAACACCAUGACGGUGUUGGAGUUCAAUCAGGUGAUCCAGGGCCGCGGACUGGAGAACGGUGACACGAUCAUUAUCGACAAGGCGGACAUCAAGUUUGUCACCGACACCGCUUACACGUUCGCGCAGUGGAAGAGCAACUCGCGGAUGCGGGAAGCGGCGGAUGUUUUCACGAAUGACUACGCCUUCAUGGACAAGUCCGACGCCACGAACUACGGCACCGCCACCAACGCGAUGGGGUGGAAAAUCACCUUUUUCGACCACACCGGCAUCGCUGCCACCGAUAAGGGAAAGUUCAUUUCCAUCCCGCUACCGUGGUCGGGUGAGUUCGGCGUCGUCAGCGCUAACAUCCGCUACCCGUUCGUGAUAGAGUUCGCGGGCGGUUCGGGCGGCUGGAGCCGCACGAACGUGAUCCGCACGAACACGGAGAUCAAGGGCAUCGAGCAAACCGGGGAUAUCUCGGGACCCCUGAACGUGUGCUGGGGGCGGCUGAACUCGGGCACGCCCGAGUUCUACCAGUCCGCGGGCGAGGUGUCGUUCUUCCACCCCAACAACAUGACCAGCGCCAUGCUGUCCUUGACGAGUUCCGCGGAGUCGGUGACUGCGCCGGCGAUCAUCACGUUCCAAACCUCCGGGCUGCGAACGGAAUACGCCACGUACUCUGUCGGGAAGAGCUAUCACACAGAAAAAAGCUGGCAGGGCAUCUAUUUGUAAUGCAAAAAUAAAUACGCAAAAGAUCGGCAUUGCAAGUCCAAAACAGUAUGCUAUGGGGCCACCCAUGACAAAUUUUUGUGUGUUUUCAUUUUUGCAUUACAAAUAUGCCCUGCCAGCUUUUUUCUCUGGGAUAAGAGCCACAAGCUGGUGCUGCGGUUCCUCGACACAAUUAAGUUCGAGGCGUACCGCAACUCGGAGCUGCCCAGUCACACCUCGGCCAUCGCGGCGCUCGCCGGCAGCACGUUUGUUUACGAGGCGGACGCGAAGCAGAGCGUGUGCGGGCAGCUGUUCGUGGAGCUGUGGUCGUCGGAUUCCGAGGGCUUUCCGUUCCCCAAGGGCUGCUACUACUCCGGCAAGUACACGGAUCUGGAGGAGGGCGGCGGCGAGACCACGUGGAGGGAAUUCACCAUCAUCUUCGAGAAGAGCAGUGGCAUCAAGCACAUGUAUAUAGCGUCUUUGGAUUUAUUUUUGUUUCAUCUCUUGACACAGCAACGCCAACGCAUGUCCAUGUCCAUCUGCAUCCCCACUCUGUAGUGUAAUCUGUAUGCAUAGUUUUCGUGGAGUUCGAGUUUAGUAGUAGCGAGCCAAGCAAUAGCAACAUGAGCAUUCAAAAAUCAACAGCUGUCACGACGACUCGGGCGCUGCGAUUGCCUGCGAAUACCAGAUGGUAAUCUACGGGCAGCCCAAGCCCUCGCUGGUGCAAGGCGGCAACUACGUCGAUAUCUACACCAAGUGUGAUGGAUGUGCGACUGACGGCAGCGAUAUCAUCUUCGAGUCAGGUAAGUGGAGGUCAUGGACCAUCUAUUUUUUUCUCUCUGUCUUCCGAUUUGAAGGAGCGUUAUUUUAUCGCGAGUUUAAUCAUGCAGUUGCGGGCUGGAUAGCUGAGUGCAUAUAUCAAAAACAACAGGUGCCACGGUUCUGAACGUGGAUGCGCCCCUCGUGGGCGGUGUUCCCUCCACGCAGCCGCAGGCCGGAAACAGUGACCCGGGUAUCGAGGAGUUCAAGGUGAUCUACGACAGUGGUGCCGCCUUUCGCGACCUGGGUGUCGGCGGCCGGUACGCGACGUUUGACGUCCGCAUGGUCGCAAAAUCCGUGCCCCGAGCGAUCAAAUCCGAGAACGUCAUCCGGUUCUACCUCAUGCCGUUGUUGCAGUGGUCCCUGUCCGCGACGACGUCCACCGUCAGGUGUAUGGACCACUUUUCCGGUUUGAUCAGUUACAAGUGCGGCGCCAUCGGGUCAGACGCGAACCCGACCCUUUCCGCAACGAAUGUAGCCUUGGCCCCGCAAACGCAGAACCAGAUCGACAAGAAUCAGAACGCCCGGAGAAACAGUAUCAAAAUCGUGAUGCCGGCGAACAUGAAGGACUUCGUCACGGAUCAGACCACGCACAUUUUGAAGUUCGUCGGGCUGGAAACCCCGAAAUCCGGCUUCUUCAACAAGCGGUGGGGGAUUCAACUGUCCAAGAAGGACGACACGGCGCCAUCCUGGUCCUGGACGAACGGGUUUUUUUUGAAAGAGCCGGAUGUCGGCCAGAGCAGCGGCCGGGUCGUGAUUAACGGGCAGACGGGCUACGGUCCGAAGCCCUUCAAAGGGGAGUCGGGGAAUAUGGUGUACGUGCGGAUGCAGUUGGGCGCGACGAUCUGGAACAACGGAAAGCCGGAUGCAGGGACGUUCACCUUGAAACUCCCCGCCGCGAGUGGGAAGGCCUACACUUGUUCCGUCGAGCAGGCCGCGGGAAUGCGACGGGGCGAGGUGCCCACAGACUUACCCCCGUUCUACGAUUUUGACCAGGACGGGUACCUGGAUGCGAACUUCGGUGUUCUCGGAACCCACACCACCGAGGGGUACUGGGCGGCGCAAUCCGGGCCGGAUUGCGAUUACUUCCUGAACAGUUACCAAACGAUCCACGCCGGACAGGUGUUCUACAUCGCUUUGACGGUCAAGAACCCGGACAAUGCCAUGACCAAGGACGACCCGUCCAACGAGUGGAGAAUAAAGAUGCGCAGCAAGGGGGUAGGUGGCGACUCCGCCGUGGAUAUGCCCAACACCGGUGGGUACUCGUUCUUAACCACGGGAGAGAAUUCCGUGAACACCCCCGGAAGGCCGAAGCUGUGGUACAAAAACCUCGGCGUUUUAGACGAGAUCUCGCAGCCGGUGCUGCAGCCUUUGUCGCUAAUGGCGGGGACGGUUGCGGCGCCCCGGGAGACGCAGCUUUACGUGUUCUUCCAGACGAUGUCGUUCAUCGGGCGCAUGGGCUUCGUGAAGCUGGACGCCCCGUGUGGGUACGACUUCGGCUCCGCCUGCAAGGUCGCGUCCCUUCCACCAUUCUACUACGAUUUCGCGGAUGUUUCGGUCACCCCAACGAGGAACUUCACGCGGAUUGAGAACUGUCAGGGCAAGAACCUCGUAGAUUUCUGCGGCACGACCACGACGAAGUUCAACCGCGCGAGGAUUAUGGUUGGGGACAACAUUGUGAAGGAGGCGAAGUACGGGUUUCAAAUCACGGUGACGGUGGGCACGGAGUACGUCCAGUCUACGCAAAACCAGUGGAAGCUGUUUUUGUCCGACAAUCGCGAUUACGCGAUCGACGGUGUGAAAGACACCCUGAAUCUGUUGCGAAAUACUUUGGAAUCCACCGAUGUGGACUAUGCAGCGCAGACAGAUCGGGCGUUUGGUUUGUUCAAGUCCGACUUUGGGCAGAUGCCGCUGUCCAUCACGAUGAACUCCAUGUUCCCCACCUCGUUGGCGGGAAAUUUCGGGACCAUGUUCACGUUCGACGGGCUCGUCACCGAAACGGCGAUUGCAACCACACUGAGGUAGUGACUUCAUAAAUUGACCGAUUCGUGGUUGCGUAAGUGUCAAACCAUUUUUCAAUUUGAAAUGUUCGGGCAUUUAUUUUGUGCCUAAACCUCUUAGCGACUUUUGAUUUUGUGCAGCCUCAGAAAUUCAUUACCCCCUCGCAACAGGAUCGUCGCUCCACCCGGUUUCAAGUUCAAUGGUAAGCCAGCAGGGUUGGUGGACACUUUCAUCGGGUUCCCGGACGGCACCGCAAACCGCGCGCUGUGGAAGUGCGACGCGCCACCGCUGAUCAAGGACACGAUGAGGAAUCAGCUGCGGUUCUUCAACUGCCAGUUCGCGGCGAACGUGAUGUACGGGUUCUCUCUCGAGGUCGAAGUCCCGGACUACAGUCCGUCUGACGCGACCAACACAUUCAUCGUCGAGAUGGGGUUCCAGGGUACGGAUAUCACCGGUUCCGGUACCUCCACGCGGUUGCAUGCAAAGAUGAUUGACGCGCCGAUGGUGAAAGCGGUUCGGAACACGCUCGUGGACUACAGUUCCAACCGAGCGCAGGACACGCAGAAGAUGACCAUCGACAUGCGGCUGGUCACGGCGUUGACAACCUUGGACGACGGUAUCGUGAUUGUGGGCGACCAAAACGGGAACAACCAGUUCCAGUUCACCUGCUACUCGGAGACGUUUCCGUUCGAGGGGUAUUUGCGGUUCCCGACCGACUACGGGUGUCAGUUCGCGAACCAGCGGUACACGCUGUACCGGAAGGACCAGGACUUUCCGGCCGGGUACUACAAGUGGCAGGUGAUCGUCGCAAACCCGCUUUCCGCGAUCCCGUCGCCGGGGAGCUGGCAGUUUGGCACCUACCAUCAGUCGCACAACGGUGGGUACCCAAACAACAAGAUGGACAAGCCGGUUUUGACGUUGGGCUUCCCGACGAGGGACAUGAUGCCGGACGCGAAGCUCGUGCAAUUCUCCUCGUCGGCAAAGCAGCAGCAAGUGAACGCAGCGACGAACCGGGACGACAGACCGGGUUACAAAACCAAACCGACGGUCAACUACCUGAUCUUCCAAUUCACGCUGAAGGACCGACCAGAAUCCGAGGACAAGAUCAUCUUGCGGGGGCCGAAGGGCUUUGAAAUUGCGGAUGACUGCACUUCCGGCGUCGUCACGGACGAGAACGAGGUUUUCGGGCCGAAUUCGGCCGCAACCUGGGACCCGCAGUUCACCAAGUGGGCAUCCGCGUAUGCCCCGACCAAGUGCGAGGCCGAGGGCAACAGGGCAAACAUCACCGUGCCGGUGGGGCUGGAUGCGUCGUCGACCUAUGUCUUCAAGUACUUUAUUGCGAUUGUAGUUGAUCACUUUGAUUUAUGAUUUCCCGGUAGCUGCGUCAUAGAGCUGCAAGCACUAGAGAUUGAUGAUUUCCUUUUGUGCUGUUCUACUUCAUCUGGAUGAAAGAUUUUCCACAGCGUUGCAAACCCCUGCCCAUAUGAUAUCUUUCAGGUUGCAAAUCCAGAAUAAUCCGAGCACCACUCCGGACCCGAACUACUGGACGUUAGAGUACAACGGCGAGUCAUCUGUGCCCUUCGAGGGCUUCACCCUCAUGACCGCCACCGGCGUUACCAUCACACCGGUGUCUUUGUCCGUCCGAUCGUCCGAUUCUACGAACGUGUUCGUGAACCCAGUGGAAUUCUCUUUCGUGCCCUUCCAGAAUGUCCCGGCGAGAGCCGAAAACGACGCGUUCGGCGGUAUGGUCCGCGUGCUCGCGCCCCCGGGGUACGAGUAUGUCCCACUUGCAAACACCAACAGCCGGCGGUUGGAAUCGAAGUGCAACGAGGAGCUUGCGCUCCCCGACGUGCUAGAGGCGGACAUGGAGGACCUGACACAAAACCGCAUCUCUUCUCGCGGCGAACGCUACAUGAACUGCCGGGACGCGGAACUGGCGGAACUGAUGGAAAGGCAGGACAACGAGGCGGAUGCGGAACGAAGAAGGCUGCAAUCCACCUGCCAGGUGGAUCUCCGCACGGCGGACGGAACGCUCCGGUUCGUGUCCGGGACCGACGUGAUUUGCGACAUCACUGGGACGUUGAACGUCGGGAUGUACCUGUCGGCGAAGAUCAAGAGUUCCACCAAGUCAAUCAUUGCCGGCACGGCGUACAAGAUGACGGUCUAUCUGUACAACCGGGUGUCCAUCGCGUAUAGUGACAACGGUGGGGUGUUUGAGGUAGAAACGUUUCAAGACGCGGAGGCGAAGACCGCGUUGGACUUGACGCAAGUGCCCGGCUUCCCGACGGUGCCGCUGAUGUACGAGUGGACGGUGCAAAACCCCGAGCAACAGUACAUGGGGACGGAACCGGUGAGGAACGUUCUUCUGACGCUUCGUAUGCCAGACGCGCUGUACGACGGGGACGAGAUCUGGAUCCUGGCGCCACAAGGGUUUGUGCUGUCUGUCGGUACCACCGGGGCGUGCAACAACUUUCGCUGGGAGGGCGGUACCAGCCCGCUGCCGGCGUCGCACACCCGGGUCUGCGAGUGCAACGCCGCGUGGACCACGAACGGCGUGCCGCGGUGCGGAAUGACCAUGGUGAUGAACGGGUAUCCUGUGCAAAAGUAUCGUUACUCGUAUUGCAAUCAUGCAUUACAAAUCUGGAGAGACUUAGGCGCCACUUUUUAAGCAGCAUCCAGCCCAAGAGACCACAGGACGAGAGUCCUGCAAGACCGGGCGACAAAAGUAAGAAAACAAAAUCAAAAAAGAUGGUAUAAACGCGCUCUGCUUAACUGUAUGAAAGGUGUCGGCCCUGUGUAACCUGCUGCGGCAGGCAGGUGAAUUCGUAGAACUGCAUCACAUGUUAGGCAACGUCCACCGGCCUCCUAGCUUAGUGAUGAAUUUAUAUGCGUAAAUCGAGUUUCCUGAUCGGACCUAUGCGGCACGCACAUCGAGUUUCCUGGCAGUGUCGACCUGCUGUACACGGCGUAACCCCCGCGAAUCACGAGCGGAAUGCGCACAUCCGAAUCCGAAUCCGUAAACAGAGCGGGGCCCAAUGAAAAAAAAAAAAAUCAUGCAUUGCAAAUCUUUUUCUUAAGCUAAAUCCGCACUACAAAUUUUAUCUCUCAUGCUGAGAAAAUUUGUAAUGCAUUUAUACGAGUUGUGCGAUACUUUUGCAGUUCAUAACGGGUUGGGUUUGACGACGAUUUCCACCGCUUUCAACGCGUUGAAGUUCCGAAUCGACACGGCAAACCCGUCGAAGGUUGUGUCCGAAAUCGGGAACUACUGGAAGUGCUCGCACAUGAAAAACAAGGGGAACGUUCUGGUAAACGGGGUGGCACAAUUAUGACACGAUUACAGUGGCGUUUUUGUUGAUGCUUUAUCGACGAGACCAUUGAUGCUGAAGAGAUGAUGGGCAAGUAAAUUAGGUAGUGGGAAUGAGUAGGCAUGAUUUAUUGCCCUUGAAAAAAUCAAGAAAACAGAAGCACAUACUUGAAAAUGAAAAAUCAUGCCAACCAAAAACUACAAACUCAAUGGAGACAAAACACCAACAAUCACGCCCAUUUUAAGGCGUCACAACAGACGCAGUACGAAGUAAAAUCAGAGCACGCGUUCCGUUCUUGGACGGUGAAGCCGCAGCUGCAGAAUGUUGGGAUCUCGAUCCACAACAUGCAGCGCAUGGCGGCGGAAGCGUACACAGACCUUAUGUUUAUCUUCCUGGCGGUGAACAACGCAGUUACGGUGAAGAUUGAGGCCAUGCAGCCCGCCGACUUCAAGUUCGACGCGGCGGUGGUGGAGGGGUUCCAAAUAGACGGAGCGACGGGGAACAACGUGCUUGUCGUCAACAAUGCAGACAUCUCGAGCGGGCAAACAAAGCAGAUUUUGGUGAAAAACGUGAAGCUCGGUGUGCAAGGUGGCCCAACGGUGUUCAACCUGCGCACCUUUGAUCGCGCAUUGCUCGGUAUAAAGUAAGUUUUGUUGAAGAAUAACGAGAUGAUCGUGCCAUGCUAACUACAACUAGAAUGAAGUUUAGGUCAUACCAGAAGAUCUCGAUUUCACUAUCACUUUUGAGCUCGAUACUCAAACAACUCAGGUGGCGAGAUGCAAGACUCGUCGGAUCUCCAGGACGAGAAGCUGUCCGCCCUCGGUUUCCGCAUGCCCGGUCUGUUGUCCGUAACCCCAGGGAGCAUGAGAUUAGAAUCCGACUUUUUGAUGAACCCGUCUGCCCACCCGGUAGAGUCCAUGUUCCCCGCGAGAGAACAGGAGUUAAACACCGCGGUGAUGGUGUUCACGGUGUCACAAACCGUAUUCGCGCAGAGUCUCAUGCUCGUCACCUGCGAGGGCCAAGACAGGUGAGAAAAUGUUUGUCAAGAGGUGGCCACUUUUUUUACGAUGGACGCAUGUGGUGCAUGGUGAAGAAAACAUAAGCAACAUCACUCAUCAGGGGAUAUGGAUAACAUCUGUGUGACUUGAAAAAUACAAAACCGAAACCAGGUACACCCUCGAAGCCAAUGGCUUUUCCCUCACUGGAACUGGUAGCAUCGAAAUCGACGUCGUGCUGAACGCUGUCACCGGCGCGCUGGAAGUUCAGCUGAAGCCCACCGGGGCAAACACGGUUUCUGUGCUCGUCCCCGGCGCCAAGUACACCAUGCGGUUCCGCACUACCCCGAAGAUCGGGCAGAGCAAUUGGCGGAUUGUGACGUACCAAUCCAGAAGUAGCUUCCAACUGGGUGAGUUGCCGACUAACACGAACGACGGGCUGACCCCCCCGUUCGCGCCGGUGUACACCUUGGGUUUCUCGAUCAAUCUGAUCGAAUCCGCGGCAGGCGUGCCCCGAUCACCACCGCAAGCGGAAAUCGAGAUCUCGUUGAACAUCCAAACGAACGGAGCGAGCGUUAUGGAGGUAAAUUUGAGAUUAUGAUGUUUACUUGUUAGUCACGCAGCGGCCGAAGGCAUGGUCUUUCUAAAGUUUUUUUUCACAACGUUCUUGUUUUGUUUGUUCUCUAAAGCCGAAAAACGAAAACCAAACCCUCAGGUCAUCGUGAUUGCCCCCGAGGGUUUCGAUUUCCCAUCCACCUGUGGCGCCACGUGCACGAAAUACAACAACGUCGGUGUGGAAAAUAGGAGAUCGGUGCGACUGCGCAGCCCGCAGGCGAACGUGCCGCUGUACCAGCAGGACUUAAACAACGUGGUGAUUCGAACGAUCACUCCCUCACUAACGCCGGCACAGAGGAAUUGGUAUGUACAAACCAGGUCUGGCAGCAUGAUCGCGGGCGGCAUGCAGAUCACGGGCUGGGGCAGGACGCAAAACGGGUUUGAAAUCAAGCAGAUGGCAAACACGAAACUGUGGUACCCGAGCAGGCGAGCGUUGCAGGGAACGCAUUUCGCGUUCACGUUUACACUGGGCGUGAACAACGGGCAGAGAAUAGAAGUACUUACCUAGCUCUAGGCUGUUGGUGUCGUUUUUGUUUUGAAAUUCUGGCCAUGACUGUGUUUGUGUGCCCGAAGAGCUGCUCCAUUGGUGCCACGCGAUGGCAACCCAGCAAAAACCAAACAGGUCAAUCCUCCGAUUCUCUAUGAGCUGUACUGCAGUACGAUGCCCCAGACCGGUCUCCCAGCGUUAUUGCCAAUCUCGCUUCCCGGCGACCCCCCGACUUGCAUCGACUCCCCGUUGACACUAAUUCUUGCUUCCCCCCUCUACGCUGGCACCUACAGUUUUAUGAUUGGUGGCGACGUGCCGGCCCAGACACCACCUGUGGGACAGACGCAGUACUUCAGCUUGGUGAUCAAGGACAACCUGGGAAAAGUUCUGGACGCCGCGUACGAUAUCCCAGCGGUGAACCCACUGCAGGAAAUCCCCGCGGUACGGGCCCACCUCACUUGGCAGGGCGCACCGGCAAGGCUACGGACUGUGGUCGUCACAAUCGGGAUCACGUUCGACAUGGCAGCAAGAAACGUGGAAGGAUUCUUGAUCACGUUCCCACCAGGGCUGAGACACGACAUCCAAACCAGCACGGACGUGAAGAACUUGAACAAAGGUAUAAAGUGGUUUGUUUGUUUUGGCGUUUUUUUUUUCACGAUAGCAGGGAGUAGCUAAGAAGUUUCAUGCGCAGCCGUUUUGCUUUCAAUGAGAAUUUAUAAAAACAGUUCUUCAAUCUCGAUCAACCAAAAUCACACCACAGCCUUCCCUGUUGCGCCUGCCACUUCCUGGGUAGACCACGGGAACGACAUGUACCUCCGUAUUCUGGUCGACCAGAGCGGCAACGUUGUGGCGACCAUUCCCGCGGGGACCUACGAGUUCGAGUUUCCGAUCCUCUUCCCGGCCGAGGUCCCGCCAGAAAACAUCUGGUACUUCUCGUUGUGCGCGAACCGGCAGUGCAACAGCAUCAUAGAACAGUCCACGACCGUCAUCCCCAUGACCUUUCCCAUUGGUGGGUUUCGGGAGGGCGAGGUGUCCAUGAACGCGCAACGGACCAGCAGCGCCAGCGGGAGGUGGUCGAAGGUGGGAAGCUCGGUGUUCGCGACCCUGUUCCUCACGUUCUUCUUGUUUGCGGGCGGUUUUUUCGGCGUCGCAGCCGCUGAGAGACGUGGCUGAGCGAUUUGCUGGAAAAUUGCAAGAAGUAGAGAUUUUUUUCAGCGGUCUGCUUGCAAAAGUCGCCGCAAAGUACAGCAGUGCAGUCGGAAUUUCAGUAUAGUGCCAUUCUUAAUCUUACCAAUCUUAGCUUAAUACACCAUCCCGUAGUCGAAGUGUGAAAGAAUUUAAAGCAAAUAUGACCAGAUCAUUGAUGCCUUGCAGGUAUCGUGAAGAAUCUCUCUUAUAUCAUUCAAUUGCUAAUAGUGUGUGAAUCAGACCAAUAACUUUCUUUCCAGUUGAUUGCAGUAAAUUACGAGCGAGAUGAUCCUCAAUCGAGCUUUGUUUUCCUAACAGUUUAGCAGACGAGUUUGGUACCCAAUCCCAAAAAAUCGCACUUAAUUCUGAACCUUACUGAAAGUGUCACGAAAUAGGAUACAUUAGAAAGUAUCGCGGGCACAGACUAAAGCAGUCGCGAUGCUUUCCCCCCGAGCGUGUGGCGCCACUAGCGCUGCCUCGGCGAAUUCGAGAUACUCAGUUAAUAGCAGUUACUACCCAAGGACAGCGCAUGGAGGGCGCUGUUUAGGUAGUUGGUUUUCGAACAGCAAACCAAAAUCAUCUUCGAGUAUGUUAGAUUUACAAGCAUCAAGCUUUAACCAGCUGCGAGGGCUUAAAUACGUAAUUACUUAGACCCACCUUUGGUUCUUAUCAAUCUCUUAGCAUGUUGACUAUCAGCAUAAAAUGCAUUGUACGAUACGGCCAGAAGAGCAGUGGUAACUUUUGUUGCCGCCGCCCUGCUGCAGGACCAGAAAUGAAUAGCAAUGCUGUACAGAAAUAUGCAACUGAGCUGUAUAAUAAU